AUUUAAAUGUUCUGAAUGUCCUGAUUAUGACUUAUGCUUUAAUUGUAUCGCAAUAUCCAACCUUCUUCAUAAUACGCAACAUCAUUUUCUGAAGAUCUUGAAUCCCUUAGAUCCAAAGGAAACGCCAAAAAGUACUUCUACAGCUUCUGUUACUAUUUCUCCAAUACUACCAGACACGAAAGAGAAAUUAUUAGCUCUGCUACGUGAAGAAGAACGGCGAAGACAUUCACCCGAACUGCAACAAAAAUAUUAUGAUGUUGGGAGCGAUCCUACAUGUGGAAAGGAUUGGAUGGAUGUUACUGAUCAGAUGCAGCAUGAGUUGGUUCGAGAGUUUGGAUACUCUGAUGAAGCAGUACAAUUGCUGCGGCGUGCGCCAGAGCUUUAUCCAGAUGAUCCCGAAUUCCGAACAACUCAAGUAUAUGUUCGCAAUAAUAUUGCUAAUAUUGGAAACCUCACUGAAGGAAUGCCAGCACCUGAUUGUCUAUUGGUUCCACUAGAUUCUACAUCAACAAUCGAUAACAGUAGUACUAAUUCGCCAACUUUAAUUCAUUUAAAUUCACUUUAUAAAUCAGGACGGCCUCUUGUUCUUCUUGGUGGAUCAUAUACUUGUCCUUUAUACCGAUACAUAUCUCAUGUGCUCAAUGAUAUAUAUAAUAUAUAUAAAACAUCGGUAGAUUUCUAUAUGAUUCAAAUUCGAGAAGCGCAUGCAUCUGAUGUUUGGCCUAUUGGUAAUAUUGUAGAUGUUAAGGAGCAUCGCACAUUAUCCGACCGUUUAACUGCUGCACGUCAAAUGGUUAAAGAGACCAAGUUGGAAAUUCCUGUACUUGCAGAUACAAUGAAUGAUACUUUUUUAAAAUUGUAUUCACCAUGGCCAUUCCGAUUUUUUGUCGUUGUAGAUGGUAUUUUAAAACUUGUUGGAAUGCCAAAGGAAGCUCGUUAUGAUACAACAGAUCUAGUUGAAUGCUUAAAUG